AUGUGGGGACUUCGCUCAUCGACAUUAGCAAACAUUUUUCUCCUACUUUCAGUAAGCCAUGUUUCAUCUGCUAAACAAUUUCAAAAUGAGACCGAUCGACUUGCUCUGCUUGAAUUCAAGAAGCAGAUAUAUGAUGACCCGUUUGGUGUGCUGAUUUCCUGGAACCAUUCACAGCACCAUUGCCAGUGGGCAGGAGUCACCUGUGGUACUCGACAUCAGAGGGUCAUAGCCUUGACUCUACGGCAUAAGCAGUUGUCUGGAACCAUAUCUCCUCAUGUCGGAAAUCUAAGCUUCAUGAGGUUCAUGAAACUUGGGGAGAAUCAAUUCCAUGGUGGGAUUCCCCAAGAAUUUGGUCGCCUCCUCAGGCUAAGAGUCUUGAACUUGUCAAGUAAUGCACUCGGUGGAAAAAUCCCAGCAAACCUGAGCUACUGCACAGAGAUGAUAGAUAUUAGCCUACAUGACAACAAGCUAGAAGGGAAAAUUCCGAUUGAUCAGCUGAGCAAUUUGAAGAAGCUUGAAAUUUUUUUUCUUUACACAAACAAUUUGACAGGAGAGAUUCCCUCCUCCAUUGGUAACUUAUCAUCGCUGACUCAACUCGAUUUUGGCCCUAACAAUCUGGAGGGAAAUUUGCCCGUGGAAAUGGGGCUCUUAAAAAGGUUAUCUUUUUUUGCAGCAGCAGAAAAUAAACUCUCUGGUAUAAUCCCUGCCUCUAUCUUUAAUAGUUCAGCCAUUACUACCAUUUCAGUGGCCUACAAUUCCUUUCAUGGCAAUCUCCCAACCAACAUAGGUCUCACCCUACCAAAUCUGGAAGGAUUACUUAUUGGGGACAACAAGUUCUAUGGAAACUUUCCAACUUCAAUCACCAAUGCUUCUGAGCUUGAGGUACUUGAUCUUUCGCAUAAUAAGUUUGCCGGCCAAAUUCCAACUAAUUUAGGAGAUCUGACAAAUCUUCAAAUUUUAAAUCUUGAAAGAAACCUCUUCGGCGGUAAUUCAACUGGAGACUUAGAUUUUAUUGCAUCAUUGACCAACUGCAGUGAUCUCAGAAUUUUUUCCUUGAGUUACAAUAAAUUUGGAGGUAAUAUACCUAGAGUCAUGGCCAAUCUCUCAAAUCAUCUCACAAAACUAUUCCUUGGGGAAAAUCAACUGUCAGGAAACAUUCCAGAAGGAUUCGGAAAAAUUGCCAAUCUAUAUCUCCUUACCCUUGAAUCAAACUAUCUUUCAGGGGUCAUUCCAAGAGAUUUUGGCAAAUUACAAAAUUUGCAACUUCUAAGUCUAUACCAAAAUGAGUUGUCAGGACAGAUAGUCCCCACCCUAUGCAAUGCCACUGCUCUAUACCGUCUAGAGUUAUCAACUAACCAGUUUGAAGGGGUUUUUGCAGACGCACUCAUCACUGAUGUACAUGAAAAUGGGUGA